UGUUUGUAUAUUUUUUAAUAAAUAAUUUUGGAGUAUUAAACAUUUUUUUGUUUUUAUCUCAAAAAAGUGUGUUAUGUCGAUAUUUAUCGCAGCAGAAGCCCUACCUCCCCAACCCACGCCAGCACUCCCACCCCAACCGCCAGCCCCACAACCACAACCGGCUCCUCAUCAACCAAGGCAACGGAGGCGUGCUAGGCCACCAAUUUUCAGAACCCGUGUCCUACUUUUUGGGAUGCCAGAUGAUGUGGUGGUGCGUAGAUACAGGCUGCCACCACAUCUAAUCCUAGACACUCUCUCCAUAAUAGAGAGUGAUCUGGAGUCUGAAAUUCGGUAUCCUACAGCAAUACCACCAUUGACACAAUUCCUUGCUGUGUUACAUUUUUUGGCUACAGCCUCAUAUCAACAUGUUGUGGGAGACCUGGUUGGCAUGUCGCAGGGCCAGUUCAGUAAGGUCCUGCGGCGUGUCUGCCAGGCUUUCCUAAAGCGGGUGAAGCAAUUCAUUGAUAUGCCUUUGGAUGUUGGUGCCCUAGAUGUGGUGAAGCGGCAAUUUGAGGAAGGUGGUAGUCGCUUCCCACAUGUUAUUGGGGUUGUGGAUGGCACACAUGUUGCUAUUCAGCCACCAAGACAUAAUGAAGAAAUUUAUAGAAACAGGAAACUGUUUCAUUCUCUGAAUGUAAUGGUUGUUUGUGGGCCAUCCCUCCAGAUCCUUUCCCUGAAUGCCAAGUUUACUGGAAGUUCACAUGAUGCAUAUGUCAUUAGACAAUCAGGGAUAUGGCAGAGAUUAAGAGCAAGUCAACGAGCAGACAUGUGGUUAUUGGGAGACCGUGGAUAUCCUUGCACCCCCUGGCUCAUGACUCCUUACCGUAAUCCCAGGCCAGGACCACAGAUGGCAUUUAACUCCGCGCUUACUGCCACUAGGCAGCUGGUGGAGCGCACAAUUGGUGUCCUUAAAGGGCGGUUUCGUGUGCUCCACCGCACUGGUGGCGACAUCAUGUAUUCGCCGGAGAUGGCAAGUAAAAUAGUGGUCCUGUGCGCAAUACUACAUAAUAUCGCGGUAAGGAGUAGUGUAGAGCUUCCUCAGGCAGAGGAAUUGCCUGAUGAGGAGCCAGGGGUUGUUCGACACUUCGGUGGUGGGAGUGUUACACGGAGGGGGAGCCAAGUGAGGGCAAGGAUUGUUGCUGAAUAUUUCAGGUAUAGUGUUUUUAUAUUAUUUUUAUGUUAAAAAAACAAAGCACAGUAUGCUUAUGUUUUGUUUGUAAUGUUGACAUUUUGUUUGAGAUUGUAAGGUCAUUGUGUAAUGGUUUUGGAGUUUUUGUUUAUUUGUCAUUUUUAAAAAAGUAAAAAUCCGUUAACACGUUAAGCUUACAAUUUGAGAUUAGUACAAAAUAUAAUGUGAUGUGGCUAAAUAG